AAAAGAGCUUCAAACAUGUUCUUGUUCCUCAUUCUUUCCAGAUAUACAAAAACAUAACUUAUAAACCAUGGCUUCUUCUGCAGAAACUCACCCUCUUCGUCCCGCCGAUGAAGAAAUAGACGAAAACUAUGCAUACGCAAUUCAACUUACAAUGGGCGUUUCAUUGCCUAUGGCACUGCAAACUGCAGUAGAGCUCAAAGUUUUUGAAAUCAUAGCCAAUUCAGGCCCUGAUUCCAAGCUUUCUGCUGCAGAAAUUGCUGCAAAAAUGGCAGAUAUACGAAACCCGGAUGCACCCAAAAUGCUGGACCGUAUCCUUCGACUCCUGGCUAGCCACAAUGUGAUCGGUUGCUCUCUCAAUGGACUCGAGAGGCUCUACAGUUUGAAACCUGUCUCCUAUUACUUUGUCCCUAACCAAGAUGGUGUUUCUAUGGGUCCUUUGAUGGCCUUGAUUCAAAAUAAGGCCUUACUGGAUAGCUGGACUAAAUUGAAGGAUGCAAUUGUUGAAGGAGGCGAUCCAUUUGAAAAGUUCCAUGGAGUGCAUUUUUAUGAGUAUGCUUCUUUAAACCCAAGCUUUAACCAAGUUAUGAACACCGCAAUGUUCCACCGGACCAAUUUAGUGAUCGGAAAAGUGCUCGAAACUUACAAAGGUUUUGAGGAAUUGAAUCAGCUGGUUGACGUCGGCGGUGGAAUAGGGCACACUCUUAAGGCAAUCACUUCCAAAUACCCACAUAUUAAGGCUAUUAAUUUUGAUUUGCCGCAUGUCGUACAACAUGGCCUUAUCAUUCCUGGAGUUGAACAUGUUGGAGGCGACAUGUUCGAAAGUGUUCCAAAAGGAAAUGCCAUGUUCAUCAAGUCGGUAGUUCAUAAUUUUGAAGACGAACAGUGCUUGAAGAUGCUAAAGAACUGCUAUAAAGCUCUUCCAGAUAACGGAAAGGUGAUCAUUAUGGAGGCAGUUCUUCCGGAUAUGCCGGAAUCUAGCAUUUCUGCUCGACCCGACUUCCAUAUAGAUUUACAAUUAAUGACAAUAUUUGAAGGCGUUGAUCGAACUAAACACGAGUUCUUAGCAUUAGCAACUGCAGCUGGAUUUCGCGGUAUUAGAUUCAUAUGUUACGUCUGUAACUAUUGGAUUAUGGAGUUCUUCAAGUAGAAGACGUGCAUUUGCUUUUAUAUGCUAUUCUCCAGUGUUCUAAAAGGAGAUUGUAUUUUCAUGCUUCUGUAAUAAACUAUGUGCAUUGCACUUAAAGUGAAUAA